AAACUCAAACCGCCAAUGUGGAUCCAUCCAUCCCCUUUAAAACCGCGACCUCCUCGUCUCGCUCGUUCCCCUCUGGCUGCCGAUGUCAACGGCCACCCUGCCCCUCCCCCUCUCCCAUCGCGUAGGGAUCGUCCUCGCCUCCGGAUCGGCGCGGCUUCGCCUGCCCGCCAUGUCAUUCGCGCGGGUGGCCGGGCUCGUGGUAAGGGUGGCGGUGCUGACCGUGGCGGCGGCGGCGGCGGCGACGGCGGAAGGGGGAGGAAGCGUGUGCUUCGGCCGGGUGUUCAGCUUCGGGGACUCGCUCACUGACACGGGAAACUUCCUGCUCUCCGUGCCCGAGGACUUCCCAGACCCCGCGCGGAAUCUCCCAUAUGGCCAAACCUUCUUCGGCCGCCCCUCCGGCCGCUACUCCGACGGGCGCAACCUCCUCGACUUCUUCGCGGAAGCAUUUGGGCUGCCGUUCGUGCCGCCGUACCUUGGUGGCGGGGACUUUCGGUAUGGUGCAAACUUUGCGGUCGGCGGGGCCACUGCCCUCAAAGGCUCGUUCUUCCGGGAACGCGGUGUGGAGCCUACAUGGACGCCACACUCCCUUGAUGAGCAGCUGCAGUGGUUCAAGAAGUUGCUCCCAUCCAUUGCACCGUCAGAGCCAGAACGCAGUGAUGUAAUGUCCAAAUCCCUUUUCCUUAUGGGAGAGGUUGGUGGAAAUGAUUACAACCAUCUAAUUGUCAGGGGGAAGUCUCUUGAUGAACUGCAUGAGCUUGUUCCUCAUGUUGUUGGUGCCAUAAGCUCGGUCAUCACGGAUCUUAUACAUCUUGGAGCAAAGAAAUUAGUUGUUCCAGGGAAUUUCCCAAUUGGGUGUGUCCCAUUGUACCUUGCAAUCUUUCCAAGCCAAAAAGAGGAUUAUUACGAUGACCAAACAGGGUGCAUUAAGUGGCUAAAUGAAUUCACCGAGUACCACAAUAGGAUGAUUCAGGAAGAGUUGGAGAAGCUCAGGAAUCUUCACCCUGAUGUGACCAUCAUUUAUGCUGAUUAUUAUGGUGCUGCAUUGAACGUAUACCGUGCCCCACUCAAAUUUGGCUUCACUGUCCCACUGAAUGCAUGCUGUGGAAGUGAUGCUCCAUACAAUUGUUCCUUGUCAAUAUUGUGUGGAAAUCCUGGAUCUAGUGUGUGCCCUGAUCCAUCAAAGUACAUCUCAUGGGAUGGUCUACACUUCACUGAGGCUACCUACAAAUACGUCAUUCAAGGAUUAUUAGGGGGUUAUGCCAUUCCUCCUCUUUCAGAAACUUGCAAGGGUGAAGAAUAUAAAGUCUCUCAACUUCACCAAUGUACAGAUAAUCCAACGAACACUGUAACUUACGAUGCUUUGAGCUCUUUUAUUUGAUCUGCUGAGCUCAAAUGCAUUAGAGUUUUGAUGAGCAGUAUAGAUGUUGCAGGACCCAGCAUCUUGGACACUUCUCAAACCGAGAAGAGAUCCAAUGAUCUGGAGUCUUGUAUUUCUUCAGUCCUUGCUGCUGUAAGGAGGGAAAAGGAGGAGAUUUUGUGGAGCAGAAAUUCGCAAUCGUUGAGUGCAUAGCAUAGCUCAACUCCUGUUCUCUUAGCAGCUUACUGCGACGGACAACAUGUAGACCAUGUUUCAGUCUGUGCAGGUGGUCAUGCUAUAUAGGAUACUAGAUAUAUGAUUCAGCUCAUGAGGGCAAUGCAUGCAAUACUAUAUAGCUAUAUACAUGUAGCUUGAAACAGUUAGAAGCAUGUAUACAUGUAGCUUGAUUAGCAUCUGGAA